UUCCCAAAUCUAGAAGUGGAGUGUAGCGCCAUUUCUUUCAAAACUGACAUCCAGCCUCCUGAGUGGCUGAGCGAGCGUUGAGAUGACCUUGCUUUUCCUUUCUUUUGCGCUUUUAAAUAAUCCAGUUUGGAGGAAUGGAAGAUCUCUGGCGAGGGGCGCGAGAAUAAAAGAAGGGGGGGCAGGGGAACUAGGGCGCGAGCGAGCAGGACUGGAAGCCGCCGAAAGGCAACGCGGUGGUUCCUGCUUACGGCCGUGUCAGGUCAUGAUGAUGGGCAGCGCCCGCGUGGCCGAGCUGCUGCUCCUCCACGGCGCGGACCCCAACUGCGCCGAUCCCGCCACCCUCACCCGACCUGUGCACGACGCCGCCCGGGAGGGCUUCCUGGACACGCUGGUGGUGCUGCACCGGGCCGGGGCGAGGCUGGAUGUGCGCGAUGCCUGGGGCCGCCUGCCCGUGGACCUGGCUGAGGAGCGGGGCCACCGCCACGUCGCCCGGUACCUUCGCGCAGCCAUGGGGGGCACCGGAAGUGGUAGCCACACCCCUAUUGAUGGUGUGGAAGGUCCCGCAGACAGCUGGACUUAAAGAAUCAUUGAGAUCUGAAGACACUUCAAUAUGGUUUUGCGCUUCACUCAGCCAAGAGGAAAACCCCCACUCCACCCAACUCUUCCCUGCUUUCUUAGUUGCCAUAUAUCAAAUAGUGCUUUUUAAAUCUGCCUUCCCCUUUCGCUAAAUUUCCAUUUGUAUUUCCAUUUAUACAUUGUUAUAAAAGAUGAAAAAGCAA